CUUUCUCUCUCUUUUAAGAAGUCAUGGCUGAAUCCACUUUGCCUGCUCCAGUUGGCCCACAGAACAUGGUUCAGUGGUACCUUUUGUCCUACAACCAAAUGUCAUUCCUUGGUUGGUUCUGGAUUUUCUUCUUGACUGUCCAACAGCUCUGGAACACAGGAGGCGAUUACACCACCGUCUUUGAUGUUGUCUGGCCUGCGAUGCAGUUGGUCCAGACUGCCGCAAUCUUUGAAGUCAUCCAUGCUGCUUUAGGCUGGGUAAGAGCUCCUAUCAUGACCACCUUGAUGCAGGUUGUUUCACGUCUGUUCUUGGUAUGGGGUGUCAACUACAUGUUCCCCGAGAUCCACACCCACUGGUCGUUCACCACAAUGACCAUUGCCUGGUGUAUUGCCGAGUGUGUCCGUUACUCAUUCUAUACUUUCCACCUUGCCUCAACUGUCCCCAAAGCCAUCUCAUGGGCCCGUUACACUUUCUUCCUUGUCCUUUAUCCUGCCGGUGUUUCUUCUGAGCUUAUGAUGGUCUACCAGGCUCUUCCCUAUGCUAAGCAAUUCCAUCCUGCUUACUAUUAUGCUUUGAUUGCUGCUGGACUUGUAUAUGCUCCUGGUUUCCCCAUCUUGUUCUCGCACAUGUUGGUUCAACGCAAGAAGUACUUCCGUGGUGAUUCCAAGAAGACAGAGAAGAAGUCACAGUAAAUACAAAAUAGCAUAAAUAUAUAUAUAUAUAUAUAUAUAUUAUACACACCCAAUUGUAAGUGCAUUGAAUGCAAAGAGAAAGAGAGAAAAGGAUUUGCAUAUACACACAGACAUGUAUGUAUGUAUAUGUAUAGGUUCAUACAGACACAUCUUUAUUUUUGC